AUGACAAAAAAGCGGUGUGAAGUCCUCCUGGGUAGUGGAAACUACUUCCACUGGGAGUAUAACAUGCGCAUGACGUUGGCGCGCAAGGGGCUGCUGGUGCACGUUCAAGUCAUCAAGAAAGAAGAAGAGAUGACGGAUGCCUGGCUGUUCAACGACGCUAAGGCACUGGGUAUCAUCGCUCAAGGCAUAAAGCCACAGCACCAGACCAAGAUACGAUCGGCGACGACAGCUAUGCACGCGUGGGUCAUCUUGCGGGACUUCUACAACCGCACCACGCUCCACAAUCGUGUCGAGAUGACACGUCGUCUGCAUGAGUUCAAAAUGGAGAAUGGUUCGACCAUGUCGAAGCACUUGGAUGCUUUUGACGAGCUUUUUGUCGGCCUCCAGACACUUGGAGAGCCAGUCGAUGACUCUCGGCAGCUAGUGGUGCUGCUUAGUAGUCUUCCGACGGACUAUGAGCUCAUCUCGUCAAUUGUGGAGAAUUCCAAGGACAUUACGCUCAUCGAGGUCAAGGAAAAGCUGCUCAAGGAGCAUGAACGAUUGCAGAGGAAGGAGACUACGGAGAAGGCGUUUCCUGUAAGCAGCAACGGUAGACGGUUCAAGGGAGGCCAAGGUAACGGCCGCAAGGGAAACUAUCUACGGAAAACCAACACCGGAAUUAAAGGCAAGUUCUUUAAGUGUGGUCAAGUCGGACACUAUAAGCGGGACUGCCUGAAGCGUAGCAAUGGCGAGGAAGAAGGUGCUGUGUUUGCUGCUGGUGAGUUGCAAUGCGAAGAAUGGCUUAUCGACAGCGGGGCUACGUCGCACAUGACACCACAUCGGAGCGAUCUAUUUGAGUACGAGGAGUUGAAGACUGGUCAACAAGUCUCUAUCGCUGAUGGCAAGAAGCUGCAGGUAGCUGGAGUGGGAACAGUCAAGCUGAAAGGUCUAGACGGUCGACGGAUCAUGAUGGUCGAUGUCAUGCACAUACCAGGACUUGACAAACGAUUGCUGUCCGUUGGCAAACCGGCAGGACGAGGCAUGAGGGUGGAGUUUCAAAGCUCGUCCUGCAUCAUUUGGAGUGCCAAGCGCGCGAUUGCAAGCGACAAGAAGAUUGGCAAGGCGUACUUCCUGGAUUGCGAACAAGAAGAAGCCCGGCUUGUAGAAUACGCAGGAGCUGAAAGUGAGUGGGAGCUUUGGCACGCUCGCUUGGGACACCCCGGAAGAUCUGGUAUGGACAAGACAGCACGCUACGAGUGGUAUGCCGGCGUACACACGGACGUGAUGGGACCGAUGAAGACGGUCUCAAAGGGUGGUGCACGAUUCGUAUUGACAUUCGUAGACGACUACUCAAGAUUUGUGGCAGCGUACUUCAUGAAGCACAAGAGCGAGGUGGCCACAAGGCUUAGCGAGUUCAAGGCUUUCUAUGAGAAUCAAUGGGGCAAGCACUUGAAGUGUAUACGGUCGGAUAACGGGACGGAGUUUGUCAACAAGAAGAUUGCCCAUAUAUGCGCCCGUAAUGGUAUCAUGCACCAGCGGACAGUACCAUAUAGUCCGCAACAGAACGGCGUUGCGGAACGCAUGAAUCGCACUAUCAUGGAGAAGGCAAGGAGCAUGCUGUACUACAAGGGUAUCGACAUGCAGUGGUGGGCAGAGGCGGUCAGUACGGCUGUGUACUUGAUCAACAGAUCCACAAACUCUGCAAAUUCGGACGUAACACCGUUCGAGGUUGGUUUCAAGAUGAAGCCGAGUAUUGAGCAUUUGCGUGUGUUUGGAUCGCAAGGGUAUGCUCACAUUGACGACGCCAAGAGGACGAAGCUCGAACCAAAGAGUUACCGGUGUAUGUUCCUCGGAUAUGCGGAGAACACCAAGGGAUACAGGGUGUUCAAUCUGGAAAGGUCGAAGGUUGUCAUAUCGCGCUCCGUAAAGCUGGACGAGCGGGAAGUUGAAGGCAUAUACGACACGGUGGUACCAGAUAAAGUACCAGUCGUCAAGUAUAUUAGGGACACUGAUGAAGCAGUGAUUCCGGUGGUUCGUCCGUAUGAUGGAGACGAGACGAUGGAAGAUGUCGAAGAAAGCGCUCCUGAUGUCGAGAUGGAUGAGAUAGAAUCGGCUCCAUUCGAAACAGGUAUCAUCAUAUCUCAAGUACUCGAUCCAGAAACUCAAGAACCAAGAGGCGAUGAGAUAACGGGAUAUCAAGCUCCGAGACAAGCUUUUCAGGAGGACAGGUUGGUAUUUCAGCCGGAGAUAGAUCGGACAAGACGCUCACGAGACAGAAUGCUGCUGCUUGAGAAUGGGAAUAGCAGUGAAGACACGUCAGAAGGUAGCGAUGGACCACCUUCUCCAAAGCGUGCAAGAAUUGAUAACGAAGGUCUCAUUGUAGAGGCUGUAUUAGCCUAUGCUGCAAGCGUUGGCGAGGCGGACGACGCUCCAUCAACAUACAGCCAAGCGUUAAAAGGCGAAUACAACAGCAAGUGGAUUCAAGCGAUGCAAGCGGAGCUCAAGGCGCACGCCGAUAACGGGUCCUGGACACUGGUACCAAAACGGCAAGACAUUCGACCAAUCGGGUGCAGAUGGAUAUUCGCUAAGAAGCGAAACGAACACGGACAAGUGGUGCGCUACAAAGCUCGACUCGUCGCAAAGGGGUUCAAGCAGAAAUUCGGUGUCGACUUCUUCGAGACGUACUCUCCCGUGGCAAACAUGAACUCGAUCAGGGUUGUGCUAGCUGUGGUGGUGACAAAGGGAUACGUCACUGAGCAGCUGGACGUAGACACGGCGUUCUUGAACAGUGAUCUCAAGGAAGAGGUGUACAUGGAAGUGCCAAAUGGCAUAGCUAAUGCGAAGAAGAUGAUGUGCAAGUUGGACAAGGCAAUCUACGGUCUCAAGCAGGCUGCAAGUGCGUGGAACAAGACAAUCCAUGCUGUAUUCUUACAGAUCGGAUUUCGUAGCAGCGGAGCAGAUCAGUGUAUCUACGUCAAGCAUCAAGAUGACAACUAUGUCUAUGUUUGUCUCUACGUCGACGACAUGAUCAUCGCCGCCAAGACCAGCAGGGAGAUUCAAGAGGUCAAGACAGCACUCAAGAGCUCAUUUCGUAUGAAGGAGCUAGGCAAGGCUAAAUUUAUUCUUGGCGUGGAGAUUGAUCAUGACCACAACUGCAGUAAGCUGAUGAUUCGACAGACUCGAUACAUCGAUGAUGUGGCCAGCCGUUUUAAUCAAGAGGACGCAAAGGCAGUGGUCAACCCAUGCGAGUCCGGCCUGAAGCUGUCAAAGAAGCAAUCCCCAACGACGGAUGUCGAUAGAGCAGAAAUGCAGUCAAAGCCGUACAGGUCGCUGAUCGGAUGUUUGCUAUACAUCACGACAUGUACGCGCCCAGAUGUGAUGUAUGUCAUCACGCAGUUAUCAAGGUUUUUGGAGAAUCCAGGUCAGCAACAUUGGAAGGCAGCCAUUCGUGUUCUUCGGUAUCUCAAGACGACAAGAGACUACGGGAUAAUCUACGACGGCAGCGCUAGCGAAGUAACAGCUACAGCGUAUACGGACGCGGACUGGGGUAGCAACAUCGAUGAUCGACGCUCCGUGUCAGGGAUAAUGGUGAUCAUCGGUGGCGCACCAGCCAUAUACAAGUCCAAGUAUCAACGCACGGUGGCUCUAAGCUCUGCUGAGGCAGAGUACAUGGCUUUAAGCCUGUGUACACAGGAAGUGUUAUGGGUUCGUGCGCUGCUUAAAGAUCUAGGUCACGAGCAAGUGGGAGCAACGUGGGUCUGGGAAGACAAUCAAGGAGCAAUUGGGCUUGCCAGCAAUGCCGGCUACAAUGCCAGAACCAAGCACGUUGACAUUCGUCACCACUUCAUCCGGGAGAAUGUGGCCCACGAGAUCAUCGUGGUCAAGUACAUCUCCACCAUGGACCAAUUGGCCGACAUGCUAACGAAGGCUCUGGGGACCAAGCGACUGAACUAUUUGAUACAAGCACGCUGCAUUGGACCCAAGGGCAUUUAG